AUGAGCUCAUCAAAUUCUAGUAGAUCUAAAAUUGAUUCAGCAACAUGGGAAAAAUUUUUUGAGGCUUGUUGUGAUAUACCUUCAGAAACGAGGAAGAAAUAUGCGUCUGCGUUUGUAAAGCAGAGAAUACAGCCGCAUUUACUGCGUGAUUUGGGAAAGGACGACCUUAAAGAAUUGGGUAUCAGUGCUUUGGGUGAUCAGCUAGCAAUUAUCAGCUAUAUAAAUUAUUGUGAUGGAACGCCGCCUGAAUUCCUCCCUCCACCGAAAAAGACGGUUGCACCUCCUCCUGCUCCUCCAGCACGUACAGUCCACCGAAAUGAUGCUUAUGUUGAUGAUGAUAUUCUAAUGUUGGAAGAGGAGGAUGUUUACAGCCCCACAAAACCAGUUUUAUCGACAGCUCCAGACCGUCAUGAUAUUUAUCAUAUUAAAAUGCCUACUGGAGAGAGUAACUCAAAAAGAGCUAAAAAUAUUUUGGAAGUGCAUAAUAAUUUGAGAGAGCAAGGUGUUAUAAAAAGAGGUGUGACAGGCGUUCGCCGUUCUGGAAUGGAAUUACAUUCGGUCUCGUCUCAUUCCAAACCAAUACAAAAGCAGUCGCCACUGAAACCGAAGCCUACAGCAGCGCUUGUUGUUCAGGACACGGAUAUUACUUCUUCAACAGCAGCAGGUUGGCUGCCAACGCGUUCCUUACGAAGUGAUGCAAUCUCCACAAAAACUAUGGUCGUAAAAGAUGCUUCGAGUACAGUGCUUGGGCGUGGAAUGGUUGCAAAUCGAACAACCCCCUCAAAAUUGACUGGAAAUAAAAUUCCUGUCCGAGUGAAUUUGGGAGACGAAAUUGCUGCUGCAUUGAGGGCGCCGUUGCGCAGCCCUAUUAAGAGAACAACUGUCCGUUAUGAGGAGGAUGAUGGAAUGUAUGAUAUUGGAGCACAUGAAGAUUAUUUGGAGGAAGAAAGUCUUUUUGAUGUUGUUCCUGCUGCUAGAAAGAUUCCUAAAAUUGUUGAGCAACAACGGACUCCAAUCUCUGAACGUAUUCAACUUGUUCGAAAACGAGAAGGACGUCCAACAAUAACUUUGGAUGGACGUAAACUAACAUUGUCUGGAAGUGGAGGGGGAAGAAAACUAAAUAUUGGAGGUAAAGGAGUGAUGAAAAAAGGAAAAGGAGGAGGAAGAGGACUCUCAAUUUUGGAGCGAAUUUCGUUUUAAUUGCUGUGAAAAAAGGUUUUUUGAAGUUUCUUUGACUAUAUGUGUUCAAGAAUUUUUUAUUUUAAAAGGUUUCAGUUAUUAAUUAAGGCUUAAGAAAAAUCGAAGCUUGUUUCUUUUAACGUUCCCAAUUAUAUAUUUUUUUCCUUUUAGAGGGGAUACCAAACUCACAAAAAUCGUUGAAAUGCCAAAUUCACAAAGCCGACGAAAUCCAAAUUUUUGUAAACCCGAUUUUUUCUCAGUUUGGCGUUUCGGCAUCUUUUCUGGUUUUUUCAGAAAAUUUCAAAAAAUUUUUUGAAAAUUUCAGAAAAAUUUUGAUUUCUCGUGAAAUACUGUUUGGUAUUUCUUUGUUUUAAGGUAUUAUGGCAUUCUACCUUUCUUUUACAUAUUUUGUUUUUGUAUUAAUAUUCAUUCCGUAUUUAAAAAAAUUUACAAAUAAAUUGGAUAAAGAUGGAAAAUUUUUUUUGUUUUUUCCUAAUUUUUAAAAAUAAAUUUUAAAUAUUUUUUAAUUAAAAAAGAACAUAUUUGAGCAUUAUAAAUAUUAAGAUAAUUUUUUUAGAAAAUUUUAGACCAAGUUGAACAGCUCCAUUUUUGGAUGACGUUGUGGUUCUUAAACGGCGCUUCCAAGUAUUUUCUUUAUUUUCUGAGGAUUUUUUAAGAUUUCGAAUAUAUUCAAUUUUAUAGGUGUUGUCAUGAUUUGGUAGUAAGGAUGAUUGGAAUGAUUUUGCUCCAGUUGAUGAACGCUCAAAAAUUGCGUAGUUUCCGUCGCUUUUUGAAAAGCUAGGGGAAGAGU